AUGGAACCCCCGGCGCCAAGUGGGAUGAUACUUGAGUACUUGCGUGUUCGUGUCCGUGCCUUGAUCGGUUCGCCGCAGUCCCACCAACUCGACGAACGCAUGUGCGAAGCCAGCCUUAAGUUCCGCGUCCUUCAAGUGACAAAUAUCACCCAAGCAAAACUUCAUGUUUGCGAUUCUCAAACUGUCUCCAACACCACUGCCGUACCCAACACCACUGCCGUACCCAACACCACUGCCGUACCCAACACCACUGCCGUACCCAACACCACUGCCGUACCCUGGACCUUCAACUGGAUGGAAGACGAAGAUCAAACAACCAUCUUCGUCCCCAAUGCCGUUUACGCCUUCAGCCCCGGCGAUACUUGGUUCAUCGUCAAGGGCCAUCAGUCCUGCACCUCACUCGCCUUCUACAACCUUCAACUUGUCUUUAAUCUUGACAACCUUCAAACUUCAAACGCGCACUUCUGGCCCAAGUGGUGGUGGCUAAUCACCCUCGCAAGCCUCACUCCACUCUAA